CCACGCUUCACGUUCUGUGUUCCAUUCUCCCGCCGCGUCGCUCCGCUUCAGCAAUUGUCUCUACACACAUUUACCAGGCCUUUGCAUCCAGCUGAGCAGGAGAGGAGUGUUUUGUGCUUGUUAUACGCUAUAGACCCGUCCGGAGCAAGGCACGCGCUCAAUUCGACCCAGACUGCGAGAACAACAACAACAACAAAUUACCAACGCCGCGUGUUGCACGUCAUUCCUUGUUUCAACGACCCACCAUCUCUAUCCAUCUUCCGCACCGACUGGCAGUUGCAAAUCGAAUAGAUUGUGAUUCAUUUCAUCCACCCUCCACGCAACUAAAAAUUCUUUGUUCUCUUGUUGUUAAAUUGCCCGGAAACUAAAUCAACAACAGCAAAAAGGGCGAGAACGUCGGCUGAAAACAAAAUAUGGCUGAUGUCCACACUACUUCGUCGCAAGAGGGUUUGAAUGGGGAACAACCGCUUCAAUCGCUCAAAGAUGAAUUGCCCGAUGUUCCAGCAUCUCCUAGUCCCAGUUCGGGAGCAAAGAAUUCACUGGCGGAAAUGUUCCGUGCCUUCGCAAAAUUCGGUGACAGCAAAGCCGACGGCAAGGCAAUCUCUUUGUCACAGAGUGACAAGUGGAUGAAACAAGCUAAGGUCAUCGAUGGGAAAAAAAUUACAGCCACCGACACUGGAAUCUACUUCAAAAAAUACAAGUCUCUCAAACUAGGACUCACCGACUACCAAAAGUUUUUGGAGGACUUGGCCAAGGCGAAAAAAGUCGAGUUGGCCGAAAUCCGAGAUAAAAUGAUUCAAUGCGGCAUACCCGGAACAAGCGGAACUACGGUCGCUGUCAAGACAGCCGCCGUGGAUAGGCUGACCGAUUCGGCUAAAUAUACUGGAUCUAGCAAGAUGCGGUUUGAUGACAGUGGGCGCGGUCGCGGAAUAGACGGAAGGCACGAUAAACCCGAUGGCUCCGGUUACGUCCAAGGUUAUAACAAUAAGAGUUCGAACGAUAAGAGUCAUUAAAGAAAAAUGGUGCGUCAGCAACCCGGCAGAUUUUUCACUUUUCUUUGACUCCUAUCAAUUUCUAUAAGCGCGUAUUUUCGGUAUUUGCCCCAUUCUUUUUAUUAAUGAAUUUAUUAAGUUUCAAAUUGCUAUUUGCUACCAAGAUCCAAUCUUGACUUGAAUGUCAAUUUCUCUUCUCCUAAAUUCGGUAGCUACGAAAAGCAGUUCAAUAUUAAUCAGAUACAAAUACUAACGUACAAUGUCAAGUAACGCGUUCUUCCGCAAAUGAGAAAAAAAUGUGGUUUUUGCCCUCCACUUGAUUCAAAACAAUUAUAUGAACGCAGUUAUAUUUUAAUCCAUUUCACACAAGUUUUGCUGGCCGUGUUUUUGCUUUUAAAGACUUUUAGGAAGACGGUACCAAACCUUUCUUCUUACGCUUUUUCAAUUGCUUAAAAAAAAAGUAAAUAAAAUUUUGUUUCCUUGCAUUGCCCGAAGAGGCCAAGCGAAUAAUAAACAAUCGUUUACAGUGCAUUAAGCAUCACACAUGUUAACUUGGAGUACGCAAUACACGUCUUGAAUGGAA